CUCUCCCUCCACCCCUCCCCCUCUUUCUGGCGUCCAUCCCCUCCCCAACACCACCUCUGCUGCUGCCUCUGGCUGUGGACCUGCACCUCUUCUCCAUCCUCGCCAGACCGGGAGAGUGGGGUUAGCCUGCAUGAGAGUGUGCCCCUAACCUGGGGCCCUCCCAGGCCAUGGCUCUUGUGCUCCCAGUGAGGAGUCCAGGACCCUGAGCAUCUGCUAGAAGCUUGGCAGGGUCCCCGCUGGGACCGUGUCUUCUGAGGACAAAAGGCUGCGGCCAGCAGGCAGACUGGGUGGGGGGUGGGGGGGAACCGGCAGCCAGGCAGGCAGACCAGUAGCGGAGCCAGCGCUGGCCCCCUCCCAGACUGGCGGUGGCAUGAAGAUGGGGGUGGGAGUGUGUAGCGGGAGAAGCACCUACCAGGACCCCCACCUGCCCGUUACUUGGGCACCCCAAAGCUGUGUGCUGCCCACCUGGUGUUCCCCAACAUCUCCAGCUCUACCAAGUGCACCCCUCUGGCACCUGCUUCCUCUGCUGCCAGCAAUUUAGACCAACCAGGCUGUAUCCACGGCAACAGGAGCAGGAGUGUCACUGGCUGCCAGAUCACUGAGGGUCCCACAAUGUGGCCCGGACUGUGGUUUAUCCUGGUUGAGACAGAGUGAGUCCCCUUCCUGAAUUCCAAGACAGUCCUGCUAAGAGAACCCAGUCUCUACCCACAGGUAACAUACUUUUGCUCACUCACCCUGGAAGAUGUGUCCCAGCUAGUGGGAGGAAGCUGCUAUAGGAAUAGAGGAAGAUACCCAUAUUGUGUUUGGGACCUCCAGAUCAAUGACACAGUAGCCAGAGGUCCCUGUAUCUGGAGGUGCGGGAAAAGCUGGUAUAUGGAGAACAUGGAUUCUACUAGGGACACGGCUCCUAACUACUAGCUCACAACUUUAGUGGAGGUGUAGCUCAGCAAGACAACUGAUGGAGUCCCCCAGGGCCCAUCAAAUACUGGACUGGCCGACCCCCUAGGGUUGGAGGUAGCCCUUGCCCCUCAGUAUGGCCAACACCACCGGAGAGCCUGAGGAGGUGAGCGGCGCACUGUCCCUGCCAUCAGCAUCGGCUUAUGUGAAGCUGGUGCUGCUGGGACUGAUCAUGUGUGUAAGCCUGGCAGGCAAUGCCAUCUUAUCCCUGCUGGUGCUCAAGGAGCGUGCCCUGCACAAGGCUCCUUACUACUUUCUGCUGGACCUGUGCCUAGCUGAUGGCAUACGCUCUGCCAUCUGCUUCCCCUUUGUACUGGCUUCUGUGCGCCAUGGCUCCUCAUGGACCUUCAGUGCACUCAGCUGUAAGAUUGUGGCCUUUAUGGCUGUGCUCUUUUGCUUCCAUGCGGCCUUCAUGCUGUUCUGCAUCAGCGUCACCCGCUACAUGGCCAUCGCCCACCACCGCUUCUAUGCCAAGCGCAUGACACUCUGGACAUGCGCAGCUGUCAUCUGCAUGGCCUGGACCUUGUCUGUGGCCAUGGCUUUCCCACCUGUCUUUGAUGUGGGCACCUACAAGUUUAUCCGAGAGGAAGACCAGUGCAUCUUUGAGCAUCGCUACUUCAAAGCAAAUGACACACUGGGCUUUAUGCUUAUGUUGGCUGUGCUCAUGGCAGCCACGCAUGCUGUCUAUGGCAAGCUGCUACUCUUCGAGUAUCGUCACCGCAAGAUGAAGCCAGUGCAGAUGGUGCCAGCCAUCAGCCAAAACUGGACAUUCCAUGGCCCUGGGGCUACCGGCCAGGCUGCUGCCAACUGGAUCGCUGGCUUUGGCCGUGGGCCCAUGCCACCAACUCUGUUGGGUAUCCGGCAGAAUGGGCAUGCAGCUAGCCGGCGGUUACUGGGCAUGGACGAGGUCAAGGGUGAAAAGCAGUUGGGCCGAAUGUUCUACGCGAUUACACUGCUCUUCUUGCUCCUCUGGUCACCAUACAUCGUGGCCUGCUACUGGCGAGUGUUUGUGAAAGCCUGCGCUGUGCCCCACCGCUACCUGGCCACUGCUGUUUGGAUGAGCUUCGCCCAGGCUGCUGUCAACCCAAUCGUCUGCUUCCUGCUUAACAAGGACCUCAAGAAGUGCCUGAGGACUCAUGCCCCUUGCUGGGGCACAGGAGCUGCCCCAGCUCCCAGGGAACCCUACUGUGUCAUGUGAAGCAAGCCAGUAGGUGAUAGGCAGGGAGAAAGUCAUGAUGACCGUACUGGGAUCAAGAGCAGGGGAAGAGUAGGACCCACACAGAAGCCUUCUUUUUUGAACUUCAGCCCAGGCUCUCAAACCAUCCAUAACUGAGGCAUUUUGUCAACACCUCCCUAGGGGUGGGACUGGGUGAGGAACUGGGAAAGAGGCGUUUCUAGUUUUGUGGGGCUUGUCCUGCAGCCACCUCCACUUCUACAAUCUCAUUUCCCCGUGCCCUCCCUGCCUCUCUAUCCCUCUCCCCUCUCCUAUCUUUCUGAAGGGACGAUUCAGUAAAAGAAAACAAACUGAAAACGCAGGGUUUUUAACAAUAACAGUUGAGGACACAGGCUUUCUUGCUUACAUGCCCCCUUUGACAUUGUCAAGAAACGGGAAAUUUCUCCUGUAAAAUAGAUUUCCAGCGACUUCUUGCCCCCUUGGCUCCCAUUCUAAGUCCCUUAGCAAGACCUGGAUGUUCAGGAAAUACUGACUUAAGGCUUCACACAAAAGGGACCAAAUGGGGUGCUGCCCUCCUGGGGAGCAAGGAUGUUUAAAUUGCUGUGUUGUGUGCGAUGUUGUUUUUUGGCUAACCUUGAUCCCAAGCCUGGUCUCCUAUCCCUCCCUACUGUGUCCAGAUUUUGCAGGUGUUUCUUGAGGCUCUGUUUGAGAAGCCAAGAGCAUACAGAGCAGGGCCUCCAUGAUGUGCCCAGGUUAGAUGAAAAGCCGAAUAGUAGAUGAGCUCCUCAACCAAAAUACACCAAACUUAGCUAUACUCUCUCAAGCUUUCUCUUGGAUCCCCUAUCCUUUCUUCCUAGGACUGUACAUCCACUUGUCCCUCCCAGGGAUGACGUGGAUAUAUGCUGACAGGGGAAGUCAUCCAUGGAAGUAUAGGGAGAUGGCUGAACUCUCCAGAGUGGCUGGGCUCCAGAGCCUGGGGUCAGAGCUAAAUUCAGUCCCACAAUUCACAGUUGUUUCUUGGGUUCAAACUAUUCUGAAAAUGAAAAUUUGGGGGGCUUGGUAACCAAUAGUGACACAAACUUCAAGGCACCGUAAAUUUGAGUCUAUUUCUGCCUGACCUCUUUUUGUCCCCCACCCCCACAGGCCCCCCAAACAUCCUUCCCUGCAGUUCCUCCUCCCCCCACUCUUACCUAUACCCAAAGUGGAGCAGACUACAUCCAAAUUCCACAGUUGGAAGGUCCCAAGCCUCUUUUCCAUGGACAGAGACCACUCCGGGCUUACUUCAAGGCCACUUCUGUAGAAUGGUGAGCCAAGUCGGAACUCUUUGCCUAAGUUUGGGGCAGUGAUCUCUCCAUCCCCUUUCUUUCCUUAUAAACUCCUGUCCUAAACUCCACUUCUACCCCAGCCCUUAAACUGAGGAAGCCUUGAUCUAAAAGCAAUGAAGGGGGUGCUCUAGACAGAUAUUGGUGAGCCUAGUUUUGGAGUGGCCCUGGAAAAGCAGGUCAGAGUAGCUGAGAGGCUGGGAAUGUGUGGGGGUGGGUGGGGCUGUUCUCUCAGUGAUGAUGAUAGGAAUGCCUUUCUGAGGGCAGGGGUGAAAAGACCAAGGUGGGAGGGCAAAUAGGGUAGACUCAGGAGGGUUUCCUCCAUUUCCUUUUUCUAACUGCCUGGAUUCAUCAUUGGAUUUUGUAAAUGGAAAAACUAAAAUGAACAAUGUUAUAUUGGAUGUUCUCUCUCUCUCUCUCUCUCUCUCUCUCUCUCUCUGUCUGUCUCUGUCUCUGUCUCUGUCUCUGUCUCUGUCUCUCUCUCUCUCUCUCUCUCUCUCUCUCUCUCUCUCGUUCCUGUGUGUGUCUGUGUGUCCUAUCUGUAUAUGAUCACAUGUGAGGAGGUAUGAUUGAGUGAGACAGUGUGUGUCUGUGUGACUGUGUGUGGACAGGAAACCCUGAGGAAAACUUGCCUGGUACACAUAUGUAAACAUACCUAUAUAUGAGGAAAUGGAGUAUAUGCACGUGCACACACACACAGACACACACACACACACACAUGACGAGGAGACACACAAAGGAGGAGAGGAGACAAAACUUAGUAUGUGCCUGCAGCAGGAAAUAGAGUGCUUAGGAGAUGGAACCUGAAAUUUUUUAUGUAUGUAUGUGUCAAGAGGGUCAAUUCCCAUCUCAUAAGAUUGUCUUCCCUUGGCCCAGCUUCUGAGCACCAGGUGAGGAGAGGAUAGUUUAGAACCCAAUCUCUUCCAAAUGUCUCAAGAUACAGUCCCCACCCCAAAAUUCAAAUAAAGUCUUUCUGAAAUUGGACCACCAUGGAAAUAGGAACUGGGAAUGGAGGGGGGGUCAAACAUGGAAGUAAUAGGGUUAAGAAAUGGCCCCCUGCAAUGUAAUAGCUUUCAGAGGAACUGGUCAGUCUGAACUGGGAGUUCUUAAGUUUCCACUGUAUACAGCUGGAACUUUGUUCAGCUUUGACUAAAUUCAGAUAGGAUGACAUGGAGAAAAAGCCCAAGUCUGGGGGUCUACCCAGCUGCCUACUCCCUAGGCGCUCAAUUAAUUUACUAUUUAUUUACUUAUUCCUUCAGGUGCACAGAAUUGAGCUGACCAUAUUCCUCAGUUCUUAGCACACUAUAUCAUCAUUGAUCCAUGCAAGGUCCUUUUAUUAUUUUGUUUUGUCCCCUUCAUCACCAAUCCCAUCCUUCCCCACCCCACAUAGGCACCACUCUUCUGUAUUUAAUGUGUGUCUUUCCAAACCACCGUUCAUGUGUUUAUUUAUUUAUGUGUAUCUGUGGAAAAUAUAUGGUACUGGUGUUUUAAUUUACAUAAACAGUAUUGUACUAUAAA